CGGGGUGAGUCUAACACCGGUACCGGUGCGAUGCCUGUGCCGGUACCGGUGGGAUGCCGGCGCGGGUCUAACGCCGGUGCCGGUGGGAUGCCGGUGCCGGUACCGGUGGGAUGCCGGAGUGGGUCUAACACCGGUACCGGUGCGAUGCCGGUGCUGGUGCUGAUGGGAAGGAGCGGGGCCGGGCCUGACGCGGCGGGGGCGGGGCAGGCGGGGCCGGGCGGCGCUGGGAGGAGGAGCACCGGCAGCAUGGCGGAGCCCGAGCAGGACGGCGUGUCCGGAGCCCCCGCGGCGCCGCCGCGGUACCGGGGAGCGCUGCACCCCGACACGUGGGAGCAGGAGCUGGAGGCCAUCCCCAUGUUCAUGAAGCGCUGCCCGGCCGAGAUCGACGCGGCGCGGCAGCCCGAGCUCGCCUGCCUGCAGUCGCUGCUGUUCGACGAGGAGCGGAGCCCCGCAGAGCUGGCCAGGAUGUACAAGAACGAGGGGAACGAGUACUUCAAGGAGAAGGACUACGGGAGAGCGCUGGCCGCCUACUCGGAGGGGCUGCGGCGGCGCUGCGGGGACGCGGAGCUGGACGCGGUGCUGCUCACCAACCGCGCGGCCGCACAUUUCCACCUGGGGAACUACCGUUCUGCUCUAAAUGAUGCCAUCCAGGCCAAAAAGCUGAAACCCACCCAUCUCAAAGCCAUCAUAAGAGGAGCUCUCUGUCACAUGGAGCUGAAGAAUUUCGUGGAAGCAAUAGCAUGGUGUGAGGAGGGCUUGCAAAUAGACUCAAAAGACAAAAAGCUCGUGGAAAUGAGAGCUAAAGCUGACAAAUUGAAGCGAACUCAGGACAGGGAUGCCAGGAAAGCAAAGGUGAUGGAGAAAAGGGAGCAGCAUCAGAAGGAAGUUUUGCUUGCAGCAAUAAAGGAAAGAAAUAUCAAGCUCAAGGUUCUUGAGCCUGCAGAUGAAGAGGAGGAAGUGUCAGAUGGCCUGGCUGAGAUUUCCCUGGAUGGGUUCCACCCUGGCAGUGCCACGGGGGCCAAGGUGCACCUGGAUGCUGAUGGCAGCCUGAGCUGGCCUGUCCUCUUCCUGUACCCUGAGCACGAGCAGACAGAUUUCACUGUGGCUUUCCAUGAGAGCUCCAGGUUUAUUGAUCAUUUAAUGGUGAUGUUUGCUGAGUUACCUCCUUGGGAUUUAGAAAAAAAAUACCUUCCCAACAAUCUUGAGCUCUAUUUUGAAGAUGAAGAAAGAGAAGAAAUGUAUGAGGUGAACCCAGAGCACACAUUGCUACAAGUGCUGCAGCACGAAAGGUAUUUUGUAAAGGCCGGGACCCCGACGGUUUUGGUGUUUGCCAAGCGUUCUCCUUUCUCUAAGAAAUACUUCUCUGGCAAGAAAGUGCAUCGGCUGUAAUGAGCAAGAAAGAAACAAGGAAUCCUGUGCAAGAGGCUGCUGUUUGUUAGCCCAGCUCCAGGCUGCAGACUUCUGCUUCAACAAAAAUACCUUGCACUCUUCAGGGGCGGAAAAUAAUCUUGGCACACAGGGAAGCUUCCAGGGGAGCAGCACAGGAGAAGGAAGGGCUAACAUGAGGGGAUUAUUUGUUUAAAAGGGAACCCAGCUGGCUUGCAGAAGGUCUCCUCUAUGAUAGGCUGCAUGUGGUUUUGAAAUAAACCUGAAGCGGUGCCAAGCACUGGCUGUGGUUGCAGUAAGAGCAGCUGGGAAUGUUCAUCCUUACCUGAGAACAUCACAGAUCUGCUCGGGGGUGGCUGUGGCUGCUGGGGUUCAGCAGCAGGGGCCUGGGGAGGUACCUGCCUGUUGCAGCAGGGUGGAUGCAGCCAGGUUCCUGCAGCUGCUGCUGCUUUGUCCCUGCUUGGCUGUGCUGCUGGCCAGGCUGCAGCAGAGCUCUUUGUUUGGAGCAGUGUCUGACUGACCCUUUUGAUACCUCACUGAAUGUCCUACAGAACCUGGAAUAAACAUGCUAUUUUAA